AUGGCUGCGUCUUCAGGAGAAGCAUUCGUUGACCGAGCGGCAAGGGAUGCAGCGGCCGGCACUGCUUCCAACGAGAAGCUCCCCCGAGCAAGCUGCCGACAGGCGCAUCAGGCCGUGCAGACAGAGCGGCAGGAAGACACGGAGCAUCACGGCCGAUACACUCGACUUGAUGCCGAGCUCGCGCAUUUCCACGCGGAGCUCUCGUCUUGCAAUUCGGUGUGGGAUUCAGUGGUUUUCUUUGCCUGUGGUGCCCUGGGAUACCUUGUGGACUCCCUCUUGUACGCCAUCUCCGGCCCGAGCUCGCGAGACCGAAACGGCUGGGAUGGGUUCCAGUACGCCUGGAUCCUCAUGUCAUUCACGGGGCUCCUUCGGGAUAUGUGGAAUUCCUUUUUUUAA